ACUCAUUUUUCUCUUUUUAAACCCCUCUGUCACAGAGAUGAGAAUGACAUGUAAAACAAGUGGAUGGAGGCUCUUCUGUGAGAAAUCCAUUUCAGUCCUCUCCUCAGAAUCAAAGAUGAAUGCCAUGGCUUCAGAAUGCAGCAGCGGCUGUGAGUCUGGCUGGACUCUAUACCUCGAACAUUCUUUCCUCAGCAAAAAUGUUUCACAUAUGGAUACCCCAUUUACUGGUGGAAAUGAUGGAUUUUAUGAAGACAAGGACAAAAGAGCGAGGGAAGAGGAGGAUGUCACAGAAGAGGAGGACUUGUCUAUGGUUUCCGAUGCUUCCUCUGGGCCUCCACAUUUCCAAGAUGAUGAGGCUUACUUAAAUGAAGAUAAUGGGUGCUUCCAUUCUGAAUCUCAGGCAGCGAAAAUUGCCAAGACUGCUAAAAAGAAGCAGAAAGUUAAAGAAAAUGAACCCUGUGGAGAUCAGCACCUUCCAUCUUUCCUUGAUGAUACUGCCAGCUCUCCUGUUUUUGACUUCGCCGUGAACAAUGGCACCCAAACUUCAACAGAGAGCGUGCUAGAUCAUUCACAGGGUUUCUCUGCAACUUAUUUUGAGGAGAGAUCCUCAAUCCAAGAUCACUAUGCUUCUGACAACCAUCUCUAUCAGAAAAUGAACUUCAGAACAACCAGUAAAUAAUCGUUUCUUACUCUGUUCUGCCUCUGCUAUAUCUGAUUUUCUGUGCCAUUGUUCAAUUAUCCGCUUAGCUGCUGCUUUGGAGGAAGAUGGAGGGGAAAGUGAUAAAGAUCAGAAUUGAAAUCAGUUAUUUACCUUCAGUCAUUGAAGUUGAUGCAGUGGAAAAAGUUAAUGAACAUCUUUGAAAAAGGAGGAUCAGAGUGUUAAGCGUAGAAGGAAUUUGGUCUCAAAGUGGGUUCUGUUCAUUCCUUUCCUUUUCUCUUUUAGCUGUCAAUACAGUUGGAAACAACUGAAAGGGGUAAAAAUGAAGAAAUAAAUAGUUUUUUUCUUGCGAGUUAGGCAGGUUCUGUAUGAGCAUAUGACAGUUUCAUAUCAGCAUUUCAUCACUUGCAAUUCUUGCUGAGGUAUUAUCAAAAAUUCAAUCGUUUCAUGA